GGAACAGGAUGUGACGUCAUAUUGUCUCGCUUAACUCCGUGAAAGAUAUUUGUGAUCCUUUUUAAUUAAACGUAACAUAUUAUGAAACAAGAAGACUGUACUUUAUUCAGAAAAUCAGAAUGGAUACUUUUACAUUCAUACGUUCACAAUUUUAACAAUACUAGUUUCACUUUGACACGUUUAUGCUGUUAUUUUUGGUGAAGGAAAACUCCGGACCUUCCUCUUGUUUUGUUUGAUGCCUAAACAUCUUUCAGUAUGAAGGUCAAAAGGAGCUCACAUGGUAAAGGACCGGGCAAAUCCCAGAAGUGGAAAGACGCUAGAACUAAACGGUGCAGAGCAACAACUGUCACCUCAUCAGAGCUAAACUCUAGUCCCGCUAUGGCCCGACUAAUUAACGAACACCAGGUCUUAACGAAGAAAAAAACUAACCUCAAAAGACUAGAGACUAAACCAAAAUUGGUCUCUGAUUCUAAAAAGACUGGACCACAGAAGUUUUUCACUCACACUAAUGGGAAUUCUGGCUCUGCAGCGGAAGAGGCGGAGGAGAUGGACUCAAACAGCUUUUCAGAGUUUGAUGACCAUGGAAAUGGUUUAGAGUUUAAAGAUGAUAAGCAGUUUUUUAAACCCGGGAGACUAGAGGGGAGUGCGCUUCACCACUGCGCUGUAAGAGACGAUAAGAAGAAUCAUGCAGUCGUGGUCAUGCAAAAGGAUCAGACCCUGUGUUUCCGUGGUAAGUGUUUUCUGACGUGCCUGUACGGCCGUGUGGAGGUGAUGGGCUUCACUAUAGAGGAGGGCCAGCAGCCGUACCCUCUGUUCUCUCCCGCCUCACACAGCCCCAUCUCCGUCAGAGCCAUGGAGACCGAAAACACACACUUUAGUGAAGACUCCGCCCACCUCGCAGACGUCCUCAGGGACUAUCUCACGUCAGGAUCUAGAAAGAAGCUGGCUGGAAAAGUGAUUCGAGACUCUUCCAUCAUUUUACUGGAGCCAAUGGAGUCAACCCUGACGAGAUUUCUGUCCAGUUUCCCAGCCCUUAGUGAAUUAUUCAGCCCUCCAGUGAAUGAGCUUCUGUCAGCUGUUUUAGACACUCCACUGAAUGGUCUUGGUAUAAUCCCUCUUUCAAGUAACAUAGAAGGCAUCAAAUUCUCCCAGAGCAUCAAGAAUGUGCUAAACACUCUUGUCAAUGCUUGUAAAGCGGAUAUGGAUGGCACUGUUAUCCUGGUUUGUGGAGCCAAAAACGUGGGCAAGUCGACAUUUAUCCGAAUUCUCAUCAAUACUUUAUUAAAUCACACUGGGAGUGUGGCGUAUUUGGAGGCAGACCUUGGACAAACAGAAUUCACCCCAGCUGGCUGUUUAUGUUUGACAACCGUUACAGAACCACUUUUGGGUCCUCCGUUCACACACCAGCGCAACCCAGAGCACAUGAUCUACUACGGGCAGUCAUCCUGUGAGUCGGACCUGGACCGCUACCUGGAGGCGCUCAAGUCUCUAUGGCACAGACGGACUCAAAGUGGAGAGGGUCCUCUCAUUAUCAACACCAUGGGCUGGGUCAAAGGUUUUGGGUUCCAGUUGCUUGUGGACAUGCUUCGCUUCUUCCCCGUUUCCCAUGUGGUGCAGUUGGGUCAUGGAGGAACCCAUCAGUGCCCCUGUCUUACACCAGAGUACCUGAGGAGCACACAGGGCUAUCAGACCCACCCUCCCGCUCAGUCUGCCCUGGACGAGUUCACAGAGAGCUCCAACCUGCCCAAAACGUUUAUCCACCUGCCUGUGCAAUCUGAGUUUGAGGGAGUGGGAACACAAGGCAAAGCGAAACACCAGCGCUCUAAUGAACUCAGAGAGUUGACUUUAUUGGCUUAUCUGAGUCAGCUCCAGUCUCCUGACCCUGGACCAGUCAGACCGCUGCACAGUCUUACUCCAUACCAGGUGCCACAUGGUGCGGUUGCUUUGGGCAUACUUCACUGUGAAGUGAUACCCAGUCACAUGUUCUACGCCGCUAAUGCCAGCCUGGUGGCGCUGUGCUGUGUGGGAGAGAAAGUCACCAGCAGAGGCGGCCCGGUGCUACUGCCCCAAGCUCCUCUGUGCCCCUGUGUGGGAUUUGGUAUUCUCCGAGGAAUUGACGUGAUUAGAGGUUUGUAUUAUUUGUUAACUCCAGUCGACCCGUCCAUCCUCAGAAACGUCAACUGUCUUCUUCUUGGAGCCAUUUCACUGCCCUCCUGCAUCGUCACAACACAGGACUGUGAUGAGGACAUACCAUACGUCACUUCUAACUACAGUUUUGAUCUGACUGGAGCCGGAAAACUAAGAUUCUACAAGGGAAUGUUGAGAGCAGGCCAUAUGGGACUCUAAUGUCAUUAAUCUACAACAGGCCUCGGCUCUCCAUUAGGAUUUGUAUCUUGGCUCAAGAUCUGAAGAAGGGUCCCGCGGUGCUGCACUAUGGUCGUCCACUGCUCCCAAGCAACAUUGGAGGGUGGGACAAAUGCAGAGGACAAUAUGGGUCAAAUGCAGGGGACAAAUAAACAUACCUUACCUUUACCACUUGGACAAAGCACAACAGCACAUCAGAGCACACAGUACUGAAGUCUCUUACCAGCAAUUUCCUUUUAACGGACUUUAAUAUUGGAAAUGUUUUGGUGCUCUGGACAUGAUCCCAACAGAAGUGCUUCUACAGACUUUGUUAUCCUAAAAUCUGACAAAGACAAAGUGUUUUGUUUCACUUCUUUGUAGAUGACAUUCCAGUACUUGACCUGUUACUCUGUUAAGGUUUACACUCUCCAAUAAAAGUUCAAGUUUCAAGUA